AUGUCCUUUUUUCGACACUUGUUUAAAGGCAAAAACGUAGUAGAAAAGGCGAUUAGCAACAAAGAGAGUAACUUAAGUUCAUUUGAAGGGUACUUAGUCGACGCCUCAAAACAUCAAAAACUGUUUGGGUACCUUUCUAAAGUCUCCCAAAAGAAAGUACCAAAUGAUAAAGCUUUAGUUUAUUUAACCAUUUGGUAUAAUAUCAUAACUUCCCGACACUCCGUCGAGUUUUGUCAAUAUGUGCAAAACUUCCAUAUUGAGAGGCUCAAGCUGAAAAACCCUAAUUUGGUUCUUCAAAAGUUUGCAAUGUAUUUGGACCACAAAAUUGUGUUACUUAAAAAGUAUCCCUCAGUUGUUAAUAAUGGGUUACCCGCAUUUGAAACUUCAUUGGAGUUUUUAAACGAAUUAUGUGAGGCGUGGAAACUCUUAGUAGAGUUGCCAUGGACAGAUAAACAAUUUUACACAGACAAUGAGUUACAAAUACUUAAGGUGAUCUUUUAUGAAAUGAAUGAGGUCUUAACAUUACUGAAUGAUUGUGUAGUCUCUUUGUGUCAGAAUGUGACUAAUUUGGACUCUAAGAAGUUACCUAUAGUAACUAAAAGUCUUGAACGAGCAGAUGUCAUCAAGUACAAGUAUCUCUCUUUCAUUCGUAAACCUAUAUUAGAACAGAACUUCGGUAACUUCCCCACUCAGUCCUAUGUCCCAACGUCUCCUAUGAUCAGUUUCGCUCGACAAUAUUUCUUAAAGAAGGAUCAAGGAAAAAGUGUCACGGACUUAGAAGAGUCUAUAACAACAUACGCACAAUCACUGACUCUCGACUUCAACACAAACAACGCAAAAAUCAUUUCAUACUUCAGACUCCAAUUCCCCGAAUUCGAAGGCAUAAGAGCUCCAAUGAGAAUAAAUAGUUAUGUUUUAUAA